CCGUCUUCAGUCGGCCUGCGGAGCUUCGCGUGUUUGGUGCACUGACAUUGCAUUGGCCAGAAGGUCUUACUGACAGUCUAUGGCUGUAAAAUUGGAUACAGUUAAGAACAAUGGCACUUCUUCCAGGCAACAACAAUUGCAGCUCACGUUGAAAGAACGGCGUGCUCCCACUGUAGACCUCUGCAUUUGCCCUCAAGGAGUUUUUCGCUUAGCAUCAGUGUAGCAUCGGGUGGAGAGAGCAGCACAAAUGAAAAAUCAUGCAGCAAACAUUGUCCUAUUCAUCAUCGCCAUCACCAACACUCAUCUCGACAAUAGCCCAGCCAAUAAGAACGCCCACGGACGCAGACACAGACACAGCCGCAGCUACGCCAGCCAUAAUAUCCGUCGACUUUAGCUACGAUCCCGGUCGUCUAAUGUCCCCAUCUGCACAGAGCAAUGGCAGCUAUAAGCGCAGCUCAGAGAUCGUCUCAGAGACGCUCUACAUGGAGAAGACGUCCGCGAGCAAUCAGCCGUACAGCAGCCUAUUUGGUGAUCCAGUGCCCCCACCGCAGCCCGAGGAUUAUUUCGGCACGGCCGCCUUUGAGACGAUACGUGCCGGAUCUAUGGACAUGCCCAGUUCCGAGGAGGAUACACUUGUGGCUGCCGUUGCCCUCAACACCCUCAUGGGCCACCGCGAGAGUGGACGCCGGCUCUUCUCCAAUGUGCCCUACAGCAGAGCUCAGACUCAAUCCAUACCGCGCCUGCAACCGCCCGACAUUCAGAUACUGCCCAAUUCGAGUGGUGGCUCCAGCUCCGAGCAGCUUGACUCGCCGAAUUUUAUGCUGCUCGCACCGCAGGACAUUGUCAAUAAGCCGGAUGUUUAUGAAUGUGAAUAUGAGCAAGCAGCCCAGGCAGCCCAGGCAGCUCCGGAAAAUACAUUCGACGAGCUGGAAUCACAGACCGAGCAUAGGCCCAUAUCAGGCUCCUAUGCGAGCAGUGGCUUGGAUUGGUAUCGUCCAACAGCUCAGCACUUCGCAGAGUUCAGUCGCAUACCAAAGCUGCGGCCAAGCUCCAAAAUGGUGAUGUCCAUGAAGCACGAGGAGAUGCCGUUGUCGCCCCUGGCCACAAUGCUGCAGGACUCGAACGGUUCGAGCAGCGGCGGCGAGGACCAAUUGCUAAACAAUCAAGGGCAGCAAAUGCGCGAAUCUUCACAAGCGAUGACAAGCACAACACCCACCAUGGACAGGAAUCUCAUAUUAUCGCCAAAGCAAUAUCUGCAGCAACAGCAACAGGAGCUGCUGCUCCAUGAACGACAGCUGCUGGAGACCAUGCGUGCAUACGGCCUGGACACGCCACGAACACCCAGUCAGCCGCCUCCAGCUGAAUCCAGCCUUGAUAUCACGCCUACGCAGGAGCAGCCGCCAUCGCAGACCAUGUCUCCAGUGGUUAUCAAGGACUCGGUCUCAACGGGCGGUGAAUAUCGCGUGGGAGAUACUCGCCUGCACAAGAAGUCCGCCUUCACCAUACUCUCGUUGCGCUCACCCAAAACCUCGCUUGGCCACAGUCCCAGCGCCACGCCUGUGUCGCCGCGUCGUACACGAGUGCCCGCAGCUCGACAUCCCUCCCUACAGUCAACCACUACCUCUUCCAAUACAGCCCAGCCGCAGGUGAGGCCGCGGCGCAAGUCGCUGACUGCAUCUCGUUUGCCGCAACUGCCGACAAGCGCUCACGCGCCCGGCAGCCAGCUGGCCAAUGAUGACUCGCCACGCCCCUCUGUGCAAUUUAACAUGAGCGGGCGCUAUAGUCCAAGCAAAUUGGCCAUGCCCACCAAGGGCAUACUGCAGCAAAGAGAUUCGCUAACCUCAUCGGUGGACACGUAUACGCCACGUGUGCAGCGUCGUGGUUCCAUGAAUAUGGGCUACUCUCCGUUUGGCCAGCGAAUCAAGAGUCUGGAGGCGUUGCCCUUGAUAACGGAUCCAUAUCGCAGCGCUAUACCCCGACUACAUAGAUCUUCCAUGGAACUGGACAAAGAACCUUCGAUUAUACCACCGGGUACACUGCCGCGUCCUUUGAAGCCAAACCCGAAUCCAACACGCAAGCAGCGUGGACUGCUUGGAGUCAUAAACAGGGCAGACGACUUCCCUCGCAACCCACCCAGCUCGAACUGGUUAAGUUUGGAUGACCUGACGAUUGGUACGCAUCUUGCGAAGUCUGCGUUUGAUCCAAUGCGCAUCCAGGCGAGACGACGUUCGAGUUCCACAUCGCCCGAGCGGCGCAGCUCCACGCAAACCGCUUCCGAUCGUCGCAGCUCCAAUCUGAGCAGUAUUACCACCUCCGACUUCAGUUUUCGUCGACCAUCGGCGCUAUCCACACUGCCAACCACUACACAACGUCGCAGUUCCGUUUAUCAACCGCCGCGCAAGGAGCGGAGCCCAAGGCGUCCGCCCUUUGCCAGCAAGGAUACAAAGCGUGCCAAGAUUGCCAAGCCAAGCACUCUAUCGCCCAUUAUAGGUACGCCAAACAAGGAUAGCGGCAAGGAUAGUCCACUGCAUGGGGAUGCCUAUGAGGCUGCUCACCGCGAUACACCUUCUGAGUUGUCGAUGCGUCGCGAUUCCAUAUCACGCAUACCAGUGCGCAGUCGCCAGGAUUCCUAUCCAAACAGUCGCUCCAAUUCACCACUUAAGGACUUUGCCAAUUUGUCCAGCUUGUCCGGCCGUAACUCCCAGGCGAGCAACAGUCGUUCACCCUCACAGGCCACGAUCCGCAGUAGCAUUGACAACCAGGGUGCGCUGCUUGCCGACAGCAGAUUGACGCCCACUCGCUUCAAUGUCAGUCGUCCAGUUUCCCGAGGACCACCUUCCAGGCCCUCCUCACGCAUAGCCCAAGCUAAGGAUACAUCUCAGGCUAACUCUCGGGCCAACUCGCGGGCCAACUCUCGGGCUAACUCACGGGCAGAUUCCCAGGCCAACUCUCGGGCUAACUCUCGCGCAGAUUCUCAGGCUAACUCGCGGGCUAACUCUAGACUGAGCGUGCGUUCAUCCCUACGUGCAACAAGCAUUUCACCGGCGACUUCAGUCCGCAACGAUCGUCAAGCGGAUACUGCUCCUAAUCGCAGAAAAUCCAUUUCCACGAGUCCUAAACGCCAAACAAUAAAGAGUAUGGCUGCGCGCCGCAUGUCACUGAGUCCAGCGGCCAAGCAGGCAAAACCUUCGCCAAGACGUGAUGGCAAUAAGACGCCCUUGAGUAGUCAACGCAGAAGCUCACGCUCCCGCAUACCAACCAGCACGAGCAUUAGUCGGAAUGCGUCCAAGUCCAGUUCGCCAUCCAAGAAACAGGCAGACAAACCCUCUGAUAAAUCAGGAACGUCAAAGGGCAAAAAGCCAGUACAAGUACUGUCCAAAAGCAGCCCCAAGGCAAAGACAAACAAAGCUGAAAGUGCCAAAAAGAAGACCUCGUCAAUAAGUAAGCCGGAGCUGAGUGUCAAGCGCAGCGGCGGUAAAGUCCUGGCGAAAGCCACACCCAAAAACCAAGCAACCAAGCCAAAAACUCCAACUGCAAGGCCGCAGAAACAGGAACCAGGACAAAAUGGCGGUAAGGCAGAGAAACUUGCGACCAAAACUAAUGGAGCUAGCGGCUUACCCAAGCCCCUAGCCCGCACUGGAUCCCAGCAGAACAAUAAGAAACCUAACGAAAGUCCACCCACGAAAUCGAAGCAAAAAGAGUCACCGGAAAAGGUGGAGGCUGCUGCUGCUGCUGCUGCUAAGGAUGUCCCGGGGGACAGCAUGAAGCCGCUAGCAAUGCAUGUGGGCAACGCAGUAAAUGCGGCGGCAGACGCACUGCCCGCUGUCCGCAGCGAGGUGAAUGCGACUCCAGCCAAAAGCGGCGCCGUCAAGCGACAAGGCUCAAACAUGUCCACGCUGAUCCGCAUGAGCUCGCGACUCAGCAUGAUAAGCAACAAGAAGCGAGUCGAUUCUGCGCAGAAUCGCAAAGUGGCAACGGUGCCGGAGCAGACUCCGGAAGUCGAGGGAUCUAACAGCCAGGCGGAUCCACUGGCCGGCAGUGAUAGCUUGGGUCCGACUGCAACAAGUUCGGAGGCUUUGGAGGCCACACAGAAGUCCAACGCAGCGGCCACCACCGAGGCACACAAAACAGUUAAUGAACAUUUAAUUGACCAUAAAACGCACGAAAACGAAUCAGGACUUGCCCCAGUUACUGGUGCCUCGCCCACCCCAAGUGGAGUCACAAUGCUGGCCAAGCCCCACGACGCCGCCCCGCGCCUGGACACGGCCGAUGGCAGCAAUGCCCAGCGCAGCUCCCCCGCCGAGACACAAAAGUCCCCCCUGCCACCGACGCAGCCCAUUGAAGCGUCUAUAUCCGUGCUGAAUCCAGUCGAUGCGGACGCGGCCAGCGCUCAGAUCAGUGCACAUGGCGUAUCGGCCAAGCCAGAGGCCGACUGUGAUAUAGCCAACAUGCAGGAGGAACGCGCUGUCAACCUUGAACACGCAACAUCUGCGCCCGGUCUCGGCGACGAUUUCCCAGUGGAUGACAAAAGACUUUCGCCCGACGGACAGGGUGGCUCGACGGCAGGCAGCGGGGGAAUUGCCAAUAUAUUCAAAAUGUUGACUAAGAAGAAAAAGAACUCGGUCAUCUUUCACAUAGAUCUACCGCAGAAUUCGUUGAUUGAUGCGGAUAAAUAUCUAUUUAGAACCAGCAGUCAGGAGUUCCUCAAGGACGAUGUGGGCAAAGGUGGCUGCUGCCGCUGCUGCACCACGCUCUGCAUGCGAUUCCGUCGCUCCCGCUGCAUGCGCUGCUGCGGUGUGCGAAAGGAGCGUCUGCAUGACGCCACUGAAGAGCAGCAGCCUGUACUCUCGAGUGCCCGGAGCAGCGCCUCGACCACAACCACACAGCUGGAGAUAAUUGAUGAGUCCAAAAACGCUAAGAAGUCGCGCUGUUGGCCAACAUCCAAUUGCUGCAAGAGCUGCCGCAAAAAGCCAAAACCAACUGCGAGUCCUGAACACAAAGCGACCAAAAUGAGCGUGGAGCCAAUGCAUCAAUCCACUUCCAUGCGACCAAAGCAGCAGCAGCAGCAGCAGCAGAGCAAGUGCGGCCUGUGCCUGAGAAAGAUUUUCUGCUGUCGCUCCGUUAACAAAGUCGAUCCCGUAACGGGCGACGAGACGGAGCUAAGGAAAUGCUGCUUUUGCAUACCCUGCCGGCGGCAAAGAGCGGCCGCCACAGAGCCCAAAGUGGCCUGGCGCGAUCAGGAUCCGGAGCUGGGCAUAGCUGCCACAGAUGCGGCUGUACUGGAGGGCACAUCAGUGGCGCCAUCGACAGCGACUGUGGCCGAGGACGUGACCAAGAUGAGCUGCUGCAGGCGUUUUUGGCUGAUGCUGCUCUGCUGCCGCAAGAAACCGCGACGCGGCUCCGAUGCACGCCGACAGAGUAUUAAAGCGCCACCAGCCAGUGAAGAAACGCGUCGCAAGCUGCAUAAUGAUCUGGUGGAGUAUACUUCCAAAAUGAAGGGUGCCAUACCCGUGCUGCCGCUUUACCUCGCCUGGUUUUGCGCCUUUUGCAAUGUCAUCUUUCCGGGCUUAGGCACCCUGCUCUCUGGACUAUUCUGCUUGUGUGUGGGAAUUCCCCGUUUCUCGCAGUUCGACAGCGCGCGCGCCCGCAUUGGAUCCUUUAUCAUAAAUAUUAUUGUCGCAGUCUCACAAUUCUUCUGUGUGCUCUUCUGCUUUGUCGGUUGGGGCUGGUCGAUCUGGUGGGGCACCAUUAUGCUCAAGUGUGCAAGAAAACUGAGCAAAAUCAAAAAGGUGGAGCGUCUCGAACUGGAGGAGGAACAGCGCCAGGCUGAACUGGCGGCCGCUGCGACCGUUGCGGUACGUGGCGAGACGGAGCCGGCAAAGACUUAAAGGCCUUGAAAUACCAAAACCCAAAUGCUGCCAUUUGGGUAUAAAUAAAAAGUAGCUUCCACAUACUACGUACACACACUUCCAAUUAAACUUCCUAGACAAAGUGA